GUGUCCCUCCCAAUUGCUCUCAACCCAACCAACUCCAUACAAAACUAAUAUUUUUUGUUAAACAAAUCAUAUAGCUACAGUUUCUAGAUAUACAGAAGAACCCCAAAUCCAAAAGGCCGCCUGCUUUUUAUUUUCUGUUCUUUUACUGUUUCUUGUAUUGGUUUGGGGUGAAAAUGGAAGAGGAUGAUGUGGAGAACAGAGGAGGAAGGGCGAAGAGAAACAGCAAUGGCUUUAACGUAGCUUCAUCGACUUACAUGAUGGAAGAUGGCGAGAGUAAAUGGACAUCGUGGUUGGUGCCUAUGUUCGUGGUGGCUAAUAUUGCUGUUUUUAUAAUCGUUAUGUAUCUCAACGAUUGUCCGAAGAACAGUCGAACGAGGCCUGUCAGCGGCCCCUGUGUGGCGAGGUUUCUCGGUCGUUUCUCUUUUCAGCCCUUGAGAGAGAACCCUCUCUUCGGUCCCUCUUCUUCUACAUUGCUGAAAUUGGGAGCUCUUGAGUGGAGCAAGGUUGUGGUAAACCAUCAGGGAUGGAGGCUUAUAACAUGCAUCUGGCUACAUGCCGGUGUCAUUCAUCUCUUAGCGAACAUGUUGAGCCUCGUCUUCAUCGGAAUUCGCCUCGAACAGCAGUUCGGGUUUGUUCGGAUUGGAAUCCUUUACCUCUUGUCGGGAUUCAGUGGAAGCGUGUUAUCGUCUCUAUUUAUCCGAAACAGCAUCUCCGUCGGUGCCUCCGGUGCUCUUUUUGGACUUCUCGGCGCGAUGCUUUCCGAGCUAAUCACAAAUUGGGCCAUAUACACAAACAAGGCUUCAGCUUUGCUUACUCUUCUGGUCAUCAUUGCAAUUAACCUCGCGAUCGGGAUUCUGCCACACGUAGACAAUUUCGCACAUAUUGGCGGGUUUUUAACUGGAUUUCUACUAGGGUUCGUCCUACUACCUCGUCCUCAGUUAGGGUGGUUUGAGAGCCGGAAUGUUCCGGUCGGGACUCGUUUGAAAUCGAAGUACAAGCCUUACCAAUAUGUCCUGUGGGUGGCUUCCAUGGUGCUGUUGCUUGCAGGGCUCGGAGUUGCACUGACGGUGCUGUUUCGGCGAGAAGACGGAAACAAAUAUUGCAGCUGGUGCCAUUACCUCAGCUGUGUCCCCACGUCUAGAUGGGAAUGCGACCGAAACAACUAACACCGGGCCGAUGGAUAACUUUGAUCAUCAGAACACUGGAUUGAUGUUGUGCUUAUGUCUGUAUAUGAUGGAGCCUUUAUUACAAACAAAGAA